GUGCCUUGCAUGCAAUUUAAAUAGAACAUAUUUUAUUGUACCAUUAUUAAAAUGGGUGUGGCGUUAGAUGCACCAUGAUCAAACAUGUCUGAGAUUCCAUUACGGGUUAAAGUUACACAGGAAAUAAAUGUGAACCUCCCAUGUCCCCUGUAUUCAGACUCAAUGCGUAGGUUGACAGAAAAUCGACUUUGUGGGGAUUCAUUUCGUUUCGGAGUCGGGUGGAUAGAAGAUCCUACAGCCACUUUGUUCAUUUGAAGACAGAGAGCGUCCACCAGGAGAAAGAUAUGGCAUCUUCGUCUGGUACAGUGGAGAGGAAGAGGAGAGCUAGCAUUUCAGUACCUCCCCACAUGUCUGAAGAACCAAAUAACUCUGAUCUGAGGAUUGUUCUGCUUGGUCCAGUUGGAGCAGGGAAGAGUGCCACAGGAAAUACCAUCCUUGGGAGAGAGGCCUUUAAAGUGGACAAAGUCACCAAGGCAUGCGAGAAAGAGAGUAGGGAGGCAAAUGGGAGGAAGAUUGAAGUGUUGGACACCCCAGGACUCGGCGAGGACAGGAGAAGUGAGAUAGCCAGAUGCAUCAUGGACAAGACAGUCCCGGGUCCCCAUGUGUUCCUGCUGGUGAUUCGGCUGGGGGUAAAGUUGACAGAGGACGAGAGGAACACUGUGAAGUGGAUCCAGCAGACCGUCGGACAAGAUGCCUCAGACUACACCAUGAUAUUAGUCACCUGUGCAGAUUCACCCCGACUCAGAGGAAACACAGUGGAUGACUACGUGAAACAGAACCAAAACCUACAGACACUCAUCGACAGCUGUGGAGGCAGAUAUCACUCAUUUAAUAAUGAUGAUAGGGAGGCCCACAAUCAGGUCACAGAGCUGCUGGAGAAGAUAGAAGAGAUGGUGGAGGUGAAUAAAGUGGGGCACUACACCAACGAGAUGGAGCAGAACGCUCAGAGUGACAUCACAGCCCAGAUGGACCAGAAUGCUCAGAGUGACAUCACAGCCCAGAAGAUAAAGAGCAGGUCUACAACUUGGGGCGCUACAGCAGCAGCUCUUCUGGCGGCAGCCAUUACAUUGUUAAUACUCUCAGGCGUAGUGAGAGUAGCGGGACAAACAGACCUAGCGGAACCAACAGUAGCAACCGGACCAGCAUUGGGAAUAGCAAAGCUAGCGAGAUCAAGAGGAAGAGCCGGACCAGCAUUGGUAGUACCAACAGAAGUAACGCGAGCAGCAGUCGGACCAGCAUUGGAAGAAAUAAAAGGAGUAUUUGGAGUACUAGUAGGAGUAGCAGGCGUAGCAUUGGUAGCACUAGCAGGGUUAGAUGGACUAGCAUUGGUAGUAGCAGCAGGUAUGGCAGGAGUAGCAGGGUCAGCAGUAGGAGUUGCAGGACUAGCAUUGGGAGUACCAGCAGGAGUAGCAAUAAUAGCAGGAACAGGAGUAGCGGGACUGGCAGGAGUAGAAUUAGCAAAGAACUUCCAAUGGUAUCACAAUAGACAGCAUAAUGGACAGGAGAGGGGUGGAAAACAGAAAGCCUCCUAAGAAAAGUACAGAUCUGGUUAUUAACACAAAGAAAAUCCUAGAUGGGAUAGUUCUGAAGUGUAAAAUAGAUUAAAGUCUGGGCGGGAUGGCUGAGAGGUAACACAGUGGGUAUGUCUGCAUGAACAGAAAGAGAGGGUGGACUUUUGACCUUUUAUUGAAUAGAUGUAUAUCUUAGGUCUUCGUAGGGUUCAGACGGUGUAACUGUUAACAAAAUGAUGGCAAUGUCAAGGAACAAACAAAAACACAAUGUUGAUGCAAAACAGAAGCACCUGGUAAAUAAAAGGGCAAACGUAGCCAAAUGAAGGACUCCGCAUGCUAGUGUUACAAAAUGAGCAAAUAAGAGAAGUGCACAACAACCAAACAGGAAAAAAAUAUCAAUCUACAUACCUUGGCCGACCGCUCACAGGCCGACCGCUCACAGGCCGACCGCUCACAGGCCGACCGCUCACAGGCCGACCGCUCACAGGCCAACCGCUCACCACAGGCCAACCGCUCACCACAGGCCAACCGCUCACCACAGGCCAACCGUUCACCACAGGCCAACCGCUCACCACAGGCCAACCGCUCACCACAGGCCAACCGCUCACCACAGGCCAACCGCUCACCACAGGCCAACCGCUCACCACAGGCCAACCGCUCACAGGCAAAUGCACCUCUGAGUGGUCUGUGCUGUUUGGUUGAGAGAUAACUAAUGACUGCAUAUAAUUUAAAGGGAUAGCCCUACCUCUUUCAGGUGGUGGCGAUCUAGUUGAUUAGUUGUGUGUGUCGACCAAUGAGAAGCAGGCUCCCCUCCUACUUGGGAGGGGUUUCGUACAAGUACUUGUUUCUCUUGGAAGAAACAUUUAAAUGCUUUUAAAAAAGUGUUGAAACCAUGAUCUUACGGUCAUAUCCCGUUGAGUAUUGUUGGUCUAUUGCCCUUUCAUUUUUUUUUUUUAUCUUCACCUUUUUUUAUGGGAUGUUUAGGGAUCAAACUAAAUGUGUUCUUACAGUUUCAAUGUAUAUAAUAUUACUAUCAUGUCUGUGUUGUGAAACAUAGGUCACUUCAUGGUGCUUUUAAAAUAACCCAUGAAGGAUAUUUAACCGAUUUAUAUUCUGUCCCUUGCAUGCAUGUAAGAAAAUAGAACACCAACUACUUGAUUGAGAUUUUCAUUGCCGUUUUGUUAAACUAAAGUGGUUAUUCUAAGGAGAAUUAGAUUUAUUUAUGUACUGCUGUCUGCGGUCUAAAGAUGGCGCCAACAUAGAGGGCCGCCUCACUUCUAGUUCUUAGGAAACUUUGCAGUAUUUUUUUUUUUUACAUUGUUAGCCAAGAAAAUGUUAUGUGUUAUUACAUACAACUGGGAAUAACUAUUUUUUCACAAGCAUUUUGCUACACUCGCAAUAACAUCUGCUAAACACGUGUAUGUUCACCAAUAAAAUUUGAUUUGGUCAUGUAA